AUGGCAACACGUUCUUCGUACCAAGAAGCACGAAAAAACAUGAAUUACAUCACAUCCGAAGAUGUUAUUACAGUUAAGAAUAAGAGGAAUCUCUUAUUACAGCAAAAAUAUGAAAUAAUAACACAUAUUGCUCGUUAUGAGGACUCUAAAUGUCAUAAAAAAUCAGAUGCUCAAAAUCAAAGAAUUGUUGAUUCUGUUUCUCAACAAAUAGAAAGCUAUAAGGCAAUGAUACAAGAAAAGAAAGACCAGAUAAAUGAACUUGUUAACUCUGAAACUGCUGCUUCAAUUUCUGAAACACAAGAGGAAUCUAAAAUUUAUCAUCUUGAACUUGUAAGGCUUAAAAUGAUUAAGGGUGAUAUCGAAAGUGAAAUUGAAAGUGCUCAAAAACAUUUGGCCGAACUAGUUUCUGAUUAUUCACCUAGAUCUCUUUGGAUCCGCGAAAAAGAUCUUGAAGAAUUAAGAAAUGUGGUAAGAAAAAGAGAAAAAGAUGUUCAUCAUCUUGAAUUUCCAGACGAAGGUAAUGAAAUUCUCCAAAAGAAAAAAGAGAAGCUUGAACAAGAAAAGAAACAACGAAAAGAGCUUAUGAAGAAGAUAAAAGAAGUUCGCAACUCAAUUAAAGCUGAAAACAGAAAAAUUAAUCGAAUUAAUAAGAAAUUAGCAAAAUUCAAGCCAAAAGACUGA